AUGGCUACCCCCAGUGUCCUUACAUUUGAUACUGAGGGUCGUGCUGUUGACUUUGAUGUCUGGGUCGAUGAUCUCCAGCUGUUCUUACAGUGCGAUAGGGCAGACGAACUCUCCCUGUUUGAUCUCACCUUUGGUGUCUCUCCUGACCCGCCUGCGACUGCUGACAGCACUGUUCGCUCACAGUGGGCCACGCGCGAUGAUGCGGCACGUCUUGCUGUUCGUCGCCACUUACCGACCACUGAGCGUGCGCACUUUAGCCAGUACAAGAGUGCUAAGACCUUGGACCACUUCCUCUCAGUUUGCCCCACCACACUCACCGUUGACCUCCUCGAGGAGCGCCUCCUAGCAGCAGAGAAGAGCAUAGUCGCUAUAGGAGCCUCUCGUGGUGACCCUCGCACCCCCGUCUUUGAGGGGUGUUCUCCCUCCCCCCUCUUGCCCUCUGUUGCUUCUGCUGCUGCGCCCGACCUCGUUGGCUUCGAGUCGGUCGGCGCUGCGUCUACCCCUAGCGGGAGACGCCGCACCGGCAAGGGCAAGGGGGGCAAGGGCGUUGGAGUGACUGGCGGGGGCGUUGGAGGUGGUGGUGGAGGCAGUGGAGGGGGUGGGGGUGGUGGUGGGAGUGGUGGCGGGGGUGGAGGUGUCGGUGGCAGCAGUGGAGGCGGAGGAGGCGGCGGUGGCGGCGAGGGAGCGGAGGCGGCAGAGGUGGCGGAGGCGGCGGAGGUGGUGGAGGCGGCGGAGGCAGCGGUGGAGCUGGUCGCGGCUCUGCGCAGAGGAGUGGCUCCGGUGCGGGGUGGGGGUACUGGUCCCUGCACCUACGUCCUCCGUACAGGCGACCGCGCUGGUGAGCAGUGCGGGGGCACGCACUCCACCCAGCACUGCUUCGGCCGCCUGACGGACGCUUGGCGUCAUCAGUUCCCUGACGCCACUGAGAUCCCUUGCUGGGGAGAGCUGUCUAGGGUGGGGGUUGCUAUCUUUGAUCUUGACUUUGAUGCUAUUCUUGCUGCCAUGUAUGCUGUGUCUACUAGUGAUGAGGAUGACUGUUACCUGUGCGUUCCGCCACACCCGGGCAUUGAGGCUGCUGCUCUAGGUGCUGGUGAGGCUGCUGCUCCAGGUGCUAGUGCGUCUGCUGCCCCAGGUGCUGGUGAGUCUGCUCUCUCAGGUACCACGUCGGCUCAGGCCUUUCACACCUUCACCCUUGACUCGGGUGCUUCCCGCUCCUUCUUUCAAGAUCGCACCACGCUUACGCCGCUUAGUCGGCCGGUUGCGGUCUCCCUGGCGGACCCCUCUGGGGGUCCUGUCCUUGCUAGCUUCCUCCACUGUCUUACCGUGUCCGGCAGCCCCCUCUGGCACCCUGCACGCCCUCCUUACCUCACAGCAGCAGUGGAGCCCGGCUGCUGCCUCUGUGUAUUGUUUGUGUGCUCACCCCUGCCAUGCUUCUCCCUCGCUUCCAUGCCCCCUCCUCACUCCCCACAGGCGAAUCUAGAGACCCUGCCACCAGGCACGCCCUCCUACCUCACAGCAGCAGUGGGCCCUCCAACAGCCGCCUCAGUGCGCCGCUUCUGCUCUGCGACGUCGGACGACCUCAGCGGCAGCGUGAAGAAAGCUGUCGGGCAGGCGGGGAGGAACGUGCGCAACUCGAUCGGCUCCAUGGUCGGAGUCCCGCCCAACAAGGGCACGAAGAAGCACCACCGCCGCGGCGGGAAGAAAACUGGGCGCCGCGGCGGGAAGAAAACUGGGCGCCGCGGCGGAAAGAAAACUGGGCUGGCGGGAGCUCGUAAGCGCAAAUCGGGCGCGGCAGCCCCCAAGACGUCCGCUGCGGGGGUUCCGAAGAAGCAGGGGGCGGGAGGUAAGCUCAACUCCGGCGCAACCCCCAAGAAGCCCGCUGCUGCCGCUGCUGGCGCGACGGGGGCUCCUAAGAAGCAGGAGGCGGGAGCUAAGGACACCUCGGGCGCAGCACCCGAGUCCCCCGCUGCUCCCGCUGCUGCAAACGAGCCGCGCGCGCUCCUCGAGGCGGCCGACAGUGAUGCCGUGAUUGACUCCGUUGACUCGGUUGACUUCGACUCCGUUGACUUGGAGGAUUCGCGGGUGCUUCUCUCGAUGGGGGAUGCAGCGGCGGACUUGAAGCAGACGUCGGACGACCUCAGCGGCAGCGUGAAGAAAGCUGUCGGGCAGGCGGGGAGGAACGUGCGCAACUCGAUCGGCUCCAUGGUCGGAGUCCCGCCCAAGAAGGGCAAGAAGAAGCACCACCGCCGCGGAGGGAAGAAAGCUGGGCGCCGCGGCGGGAAGAAAACUGGCCCCGCGGGAGCUCGUAAGCGCAACUCGGGCGUAGCAGCCCUGAAGACGGCCGCCGCUCCCGGCGCUGCUGGCGGGAAGGCGGUUUCGAAGAAUCAGGCGGGAGGUAAGCUCAACUCUGGCGCGCAUGCGCUGGGAGCAAAGGGCACCUCGGGCACAGCCCCCAAGCCCACCGCUGCCAGCAGUGCUGCGAGCAGUGCUGCCAGCAGUGCUGCACCCAGCAUUUGA